GGAUCGAUAGCCAUUACUUAUUUAUAUUUCUAGUAACGCGGUUCUAAUGAAUGCGGGGAACCUAUCCCGGCGAUACAUUUUUUUUCCUCGGCGUUUGAGUCAUCUUUAAUUCAUGGCGCGGUGAGCGGGCCCCUCACCCCGACAGGGAUGGGCUGCCGGGAGCUCCUCGUCUUGGCUGAGCCCCUCUGCCUUCGUUGGCCCCGGGUGCUGCCUCGCUCGCGGCACCUGGAAGGAGCCGGUGGCGGCUUCGGAAUGUCUGAGAAUUGCUAAGUUCGGAGCCUUUCUGCAGGGCUCCGUACCAGGCAGCGAUUUUCCACUGUAGUACUACCGCUUAAUGUUCAGCUCCAUUGAAUCUCAGCUGGGGAAGCCCAUUUGUAAGCAGCGUGCUGCCUGCUCAGCCCACUGGCUCGCUGGGCUGUUUGGAGCUCCGGGGUGGCGAAAUCAGGUUCCACCAAGUGAGAAGAGUGAUGACCAUCCUUUUCCUUACUAUGGUUAUCUCAUACUUCAGUUGCAUGAAAGCUGCCCCGAUGAAAGAAGCUAGUGUAAGAGGACAAGGCAGCUUGGCUUACCCAGGUCUUCGGACCCACGGGACUCUUGAGAGCCUAAAUGGGCCCAACGCUGGUUCAAGAGGACUGACGUCGCUGGCGGACACUUUUGAACACGUGAUAGAGGAGCUUCUAGAUGAGGAUCAGGACAUCCAGCCCAGCGAGGAAAACAAGGAUGCGGACUUGUACACAUCCCGAGUCAUGCUGAGCAGUCAAGUGCCUUUGGAACCCCCGCUGCUCUUUCUGCUUGAGGAGUACAAAAACUACCUGGAUGCUGCAAACAUGUCCAUGAGAGUCCGGCGUCACUCUGACCCAGCUCGCCGUGGGGAACUGAGCGUCUGUGACAGCACGAGCGAGUGGGUAACGGCGGCGGAGAAAAAGACUGCAGUGGACAUGUCUGGCGCGACCGUCACAGUCCUUGAAAAAGUCCCAGUACCCAAAGGCCAACUGAAGCAAUACUUCUAUGAGACCAAAUGCAACCCCAAAGGAUACACAAAGGAGGGCUGCAGGGGCAUAGACAAGAGGCACUGGAACUCGCAGUGCCGAACUACCCAGUCUUACGUGAGAGCUCUCACCAUGGAUAACAAAAAGAGAGUUGGCUGGCGGUUUAUAAGAAUAGACACUUCCUGUGUAUGUACAUUAACCAUUAAAAGGGGAAGAUAGUGGGCUCGUGUUGUAUAGAUUAUAUUGAGACAAAAUUAUCUAUUUGUAUAUAUACAUAACAGGGUAAAUUAUUCAGUAAAAAAAUAAUUUUAUGGACUGCAUGUAUAACUGAAGUUUAUACAGUACAGUGAUUCCACAAUCUAUUUAUUGAACAUAUCCAUGACCUGAAAGGGAACAAAAGUCAAAGUCAUUUGCGCACAAAUUUAAAAACAACAAAAAAAAAAGGAAAAAAGACGAAAAAAAGAAAAAAAGCAAACAAACGAAAAAGUCUGCAUUACAUUCCUCGAUAACGUUGUGGUUUGUCGCCGUUGCCAAGAAUUGAAAACAGAAAAAGUUUAAAAAAAAAAAAAGAUUAAAAUUGCAUGCUGCUUCAAUUGUGAUUUGAUGAUAAACUGUCCUCUUUCAGAAAAAGAAAUUGAACCAAAACAUUCCGUUUACAUUUUAGACAGUAAGUAUCUUUAUUCCUGUUAGUAUUAUAUCUGUUUACUGCUUUUAACUUCUGAUAGCGUUGGAAUUAAAACAAUGUCAAGGUGCUGUUGUCAUAGUUUUACUGUUUCUCUUAUUUUUGAACUCCCAUCAGAUUUGGAAAAAAAAAAAAAAAAAACACAUUACCUUAUUCUGGAUUAAAGACAAAUUUGUUUUUUGUAUGUUGUGAAGGUGUUUGCAAUAGCAAUCCGACUACUACUGACAAAAAAAAAAAAUAAAAAGUGGCAACUGAAAAAGAAUGGUGAUGUUCCACUUCACAUGGUUGAACUUCAGGCUUAAAGACAGCACUUAGUUAACUGUCUGUCAACAUGCUUUGCUGGGUAAUUUUUUAUUAAGUCGUUGUCUUUUGAGACUUGCCUUUCUUUAUAUCAUAUUUGUUUGUGUUUGGAGUCCCCUCCCCUUUGCUCUCUCAAAGCGAGUUGAUUGUGAUCUUCAAAAUAUUUCACUCAGCAUACAACUGGAGCUUGUCAGGUAGAAAAUACUCCAUGGAGUGCUGAGAGCAAUGGUAACGAUGUAAUAAGACCGUGUGCUUGGAUCUAAUGUCUUGGUGAAGCCCAGCAAUGGCGUCAGUAGAAUAGGGUUUCACAUCCUCGCAGUGAGUCAGAGGCAGGUCACGGUGCUGGAGAGCUUGGUUAAUUCAGUAUAAUGAAGUGUUUUGGCUCGACUGAGGCUGUCCAGGUUGUAGCUGGCACUGAACUUGGUUCUGUGCAUCUUCUCACAGAGGGAAAGCCGUGCCCUGCACACGGGUGCACGUAGUGCUCCGGAGUAUGUCUGGCAGCCCCAGAGCCCUGUGUGAUAGCCAGGGAUGGAGGCAGAAAGAAGCCCUGCCUGCAGCUGUAGGCAGUCAGCGCUCAAGUGCAUGUCUGCCUCUGCUGUCAGCCUUCAUGAAACAAAAACUGGCGUUAAAAGUAAGUGAAGAGCAAGGGUUGGAGUUGUUGGCUUAACACCUGCUUAGAUUCUGACGCGCUGGUUAGGCCCUGUGCUGCCACUCUAAUGAUCCAGACAGAAGUAUUGCCGAAAAGGCAGGUUGUAAGCUUCAGAGCUGGGCAUAGCACUUUAGCUGGCUACAGUGGGUGGAGAGGCAGAAAUAGCUCAUUAGUGAGCUCACUAAAGAUAGAUGCUAUAUUUGUAAAUCCUCUAGAUAAAGUGGCGUGAGCGAAGAGGGAAACGCUAUAAGAUGUAAUUAUUGUGAAAUCUGCAUUAGCCUGUCUGUGGAAAUUAAUUAAAAGCUGGACUGGGCAAAGCUAAUUUGAAAUAUCAUCCCCCUUAAAUGAUCUCCAGUGAAGAACAUAUUUAACGCAGAAUUGCUGUUGCUCCUGGUAGAAGCCCUGCCUGCUAGCUUCUGUGAGCUAGCAUAAACACCUUCAAAGUAAGUGGUUUCUUCUUAGGGUAAAAGGGCUUCCCUCCGCUAGGACUGUCCAAGUGGAGUCCUCCUCACUGUAGAAAAGAAUUUUACAUGUUGUAUUGGCUGCACAUUUGCUGGGCUGUGAACAAGAAGGGAACGUUACGUGACCUACUCGAGCUUCAAACUUGAGGCAUUCCCACCUAGAAAAUCAGAAAUGAAGAGAAUCUCACUGAGAUGUCUCAAACUUUCAGCUGUUCUUUAUGCUAACUGGACAUUUGAUGGAAAAAUUAAUUUCUCCGAAGCCAGUGUGUUUAGGCGUAUUAUAAUCCAUUGCAUUUAGUAAUCUGAACAUUGCUUGGGCGCUGUUGUUCUCAGCGCUGUUCCUAAACUGCUGCAGAGAGGUGGUGCGAUGGUAGCCCAACUCACAAGUAGGUUUGGGUGGUGGUAACGAGUGCAUAACAAACAGAUCAUCUAGACGAGGAAAAAUAAAUGGUAGCUAGGACAUAAUGGUAAUCUAAGCCAGAAAUAGGAACGAAGAAAUUCCCGGGUCAAAUAAACUGAAUUUCCAAAACAAGUGUUAGCAUAUGAACUAUGCUAGAAAUAAAGUUCCUCAUCUCCCAAAGUUAAUUAUGGGUACGCCUUCAACUCAGUCAUUCUUAUCUGGAAUAGGCCACAGCGGCACUUGUCACAGAAUGAAAACGGUUGGGUGGUAGGUCCAAGCGGUGCUGUUAGCUCUCUAGAUGAGUAAUUAAAAUGAAUAGGACUUCUCAGAGAAUAGCUUUGUGUUGAAAGCAACUCAAAAAGUUAACCCCUGUGUUAAUAUAAAAUGGAGAAGACCCACUUUAUAUUAUCUUUAGGAGCAGGGGCUAUAGCUGUUGGUACAUUAAAGCGCAGCCAGGUGGCUUUUGCAACAAAACCGCCCAAUGGGGUUUCUCGUCCCAUCCCUUCUGCUCGUGUGCUGUUGACUGCUGAGCUAAGCCCAAUGAGUGCACCCAAAGGGGCAGCCCUUGCGGAUGGGGAGAACUGAGGGACGGCACUGAGCAUGCAGGGAAGAACCAGGCCCUGCAACCGCUCGCAGAGUGGAUUCCCAUAAUACAACGCGUAUGUCAGCUGAUGCUUUCGACGUAUAUAUAACGUGAAACUGGUAGUUAAACUGCAGUCCUAUGGCUCUCGCUCGCUUGACCCAAUGCAGACGUGAUCGCAGGCUCGGUUCGGUUAACAGAGUUGGGGGCGGGGGCUUGGUUUUCUUUCAUGUCACUUAAUUGAAAUCUUGCUGUGGUCUGUUUGUGACAAAGGUAUAUCAUGCAUGUCAGCAGGCCUAGUGCUGUGUUAAGUAAAGACUCUUGCAAAUGUAAGUUCAUGUCUGUGGCCUUGUUCUCUACUAUUCACCUUGUGUAACAUAAAUAUUUAUUGUAUAUUUAUAUAAUUUUAUGUUUUUUGGGAAAAAAAAACUGAAAUUGGCAUUAAAA